AACUGUACCAAGGCGGAACUGUGAGCCUCAGUCAACCUCUCCUACACGUGCUUCUUCUGCAGCAGAAACGUGGAGUUUGAUGCUUCGUAAUAGAAGAAAUUUCAUACAGCGAUAAACGUCACCUGUCAACACACCUUUGGACGCCAGUUUCUCUGUAGCCGUUAAUCUUCACAUGCCACUAUGAAGUACAUCCUUGUUACCGGCGGUGUCAUAUCUGGCAUUGGCAAGGGAAUCAUUGCCAGCAGCGUGGGAACAAUCCUCAAGUCCUGCGGCCUUCACGUCACAGCCAUCAAAAUCGACCCCUAUAUCAAUAUUGAUGCUGGCACCUUUUCACCGUAUGAACAUGGGGAAGUAUUUGUUCUUGAUGAUGGCGGGGAGGUGGAUCUUGACUUGGGGAACUAUGAGCGUUUCCUGGAUAUCCGUCUUACUAAAGACAACAACCUCACCACUGGAAAGAUCUACCAGUCUGUAAUCAACAAGGAGAGAAGGGGAGACUACCUUGGCAAGACUGUACAAGUGGUGCCCCACAUCACAGAUGCUAUCCAAGAGUGGGUAAUGAAGCAAGCCAGGAUUUCAGUGGAUGACGAUGGUGUGGAGCCUCAAGUUUGUGUAAUUGAGCUGGGAGGCACAGUGGGGGACAUCGAGAGCAUGCCCUUCAUCGAGGCCUUCAGACAGUUCCAGUUCAAGGUGAAAAGGGAAAACUUCUGCAACAUCCAUGUCAGCUUGAUACCACAGCCAAAUACUACAGGAGAGCAAAAAACCAAACCAACUCAAAACAGUGUCCGAGAGCUCAGAGGACUGGGCUUGUCUCCAGAUUUGAUUAUGUGCCGCUGUACAACGCCCCUAGAAACGGCUGUCAAGGAGAAGAUCUCCAUGUUUUGUCACGUGGAGCCCACACAGGUGAUCUGUGUCCACGAUGUCGCCUCAAUCUACAGAGUGCCUCUGUUGCUGGAGGAGCAGGGUGUCGUGAGCUACUUCUGUCAGCGGCUGAACCUGCAUGUCGAAACUAGGCCCAGAAAGAUGCUCACAAAGUGGAAAGAGAUGGCUGAUAGAUCUGACCGUCUCCUGGAACACGUUUCCAUAGCCCUGGUGGGGAAGUACACCAAGCUAUCCGACUCCUACACCUCAGUCAUUAAGGCCCUCGAGCACUCAGCCCUCGCCAUUAAUCACAAACUAGAGGUCAAGUACAUCGACUCUGCAGACCUGGAGAGUACCACUCUGCAAGAUGAGCCAGUGAAAUAUCACGAGGCCUGGCAAAAACUCUGCAGCUCUGAUGGCGUGUUGGUACCAGGAGGAUUUGGUGUGAGAGGGACAGAAGGAAAGAUGCUGGCUAUUAACUGGGCGAGGAAGCAGAAUAAGCCGUUCCUGGGGGUCUGUUUGGGCAUGCAGCUGGCAGUGUGCGAGUUUGCCCGCAAUGUUCUUGGAUGGCAAGAUGCAAACUCAACAGAAUUUAAUCCCGAAUCCAAACACCCGGUGGUGAUUGACAUGCCAGAGCACAACCCAGGGCAGAUGGGCGGCACUAUGAGGUUGGGGAAGAGGCGGACGAUUUUCAAAUCCAACAACAGUGUAAUGAGAAGACUGUACGGAGGCUUGGAGUAUGUUGAGGAGAGGCACAGACACAGAUUUGAGGUGAAUCCUGAGCUGAAGCACCACUUUGAAACAAAGGGUCUUCAGUUUGUUGGUCAGGAUGAGGAAGGAGAGAGAAUGGAGAUCAUUGAAUUGGAGGGCCACAAUUACUUUGUUGGAGUGCAGUACCAUCCAGAGUUCACCUCAAGGCCCAUCAAACCUUCUCCUCCAUAUUUUGGUCUCCUGCUGGCUGCUGUAGGAAAACUCCAGAGCUAUCUGGCCAAGGGCUGUCGCCUUUCUCCACGGGACACUUACAGCGACCGCAGCGGCGGCAGCUCUCCUGAAGCUGAUAUCUCGGAGCUGAGGUUCCCCUCUUUGUAGUUGUACAGAUGUGUUCGUGUCACUUGUGCAGUUAAAUGCAAAGCCCAGAAAAAAACAACCCUGUCUGCCCUUAAUUGACGGUGCAAGACCGAAAUUCAUGUUAAACUGUUUUUACACUCUGAUUGGUACAUGUUAUUACUCAUUUUUACUCUAAAUACAUAAUGCCUUCAGCAAGACUGUCUUGCUGCUGUCUGUUCAUGCUUUAGAGUUGCUGCAAUAAGCAAAAACCAGAAUAAAAUGUUUACGGGGGACUUGUAAGAAAGGAUGUGGACAUUGUGGAAAACCUGUAGAGAAUAUGGGCAGUAGUGGGGGGUGUAUUUGAGAAAUCAAUGGGAAAACUUCACCCUCAUCAGUACGUUUGGGUGUGAAUAUUAAGAAUUGGACAAUGUAUUUUCCAAUUGGAUAUAGAAAGCGUAGUGACAAAGGGCUAAGAUGGGAGUCGGGAACUGUGCAAUUAGGUUUUUGUUGGAGCAGCCAUCUUGCAUAUCAAUCCACUUCAAUAUAUGAAAAUACUGAUAAGAAACAAUCGUGUUUGACUUUUACUUUACCUGUGUUGUGACAAGUGACAUAUGAUUGAUACGGUUGCCAAUUAGAAAUGUUUGUUACUGUCUGUCUUACCAUCUUAUUUCAUGUAUUAAUGUAUUUUUACUUUCCAACUGAGAGAUCAUAGCACUCACUCAGGGUAACUACACAAAAAUGUGUAAACUACACAUCUGGUUUCUAAGAAUUCACAAAGUUGGGCUUUUUUUUUUUUUGGCUGUGGGAUAUAUGGGAAUUUUCCUGUUGUAAUGAGGUGAAUUGUUUUAAGUGUUAUUUAAUAUCACAAGGACACUGGGUUUUAACUUCUGCAUGUAACACAAAAGUUUGUCUUAAGUUUUUAAUCCUUAAACCUGAACUCACCGGCUCAGGUUGCAUGACUUUUUUUUGUUUGUGACCUUUUUAAAUGCUGACAUCAACACAAACGGUUUUGAACUCCAUUGCCUUUUACUAUCAUAUCUGAUCCGCAGCUUCUUAAAAUGAUGCAGUCAUCUGACAAUGCAGCCAACUUAGAGUGACCCUCGAGUCAACAGUAUUAAAUGGAAAAGCAAGCUUGGCAUUCAAAGCUCACAUCAUGAAACUGAUAACUAAGACCUAAGUUUGAUCUCAAAGCAUCAGUAGCAGCCAACUGUAGAUGGAAAGCAUCAAGCUACAUUACAGUUACAUUUUUGCAUGGAGCAUUGCAAAAUUGACCCGGAUAGUUAAAUUAUUCCUGCCAGUGCAUUUGUUGAUCUGUUACUGACCCAAAUGUAUGAAAAACAUAUUUUUAUAUUUAUGAAGUUCAGAUGCAUGUGAUUCAAUAUGUGCAUUUAUUCUGAAUAAAUAAAAUUUUAUUUCUCAUGA